AGUUAUCGUUUUUUGAAGGUUGCCUCUCCUAAGUACUGCUGGAUAAUAAUUUUGCAUUGGCUUCGCUGGUCGAUGUCGAUGUCGAUUCAGUUUUUGUUCGUCGGCUUUUGAGACGUAUCUCCAUCAAUCGCGACCUCUGAGUUCGUUUCGUAUAAUGUGCUUUAUCUUCCUCAGGGAUUAAAAGUCAGUUUCUGGGAUUUGAAAAAAACAUAAUAGGGCACAAUAAUGAGCGAAGCAGAAGCCAACAUUGGUACCCAACAGAUACCAGAGGCGAGUGAGAGCCUCUUCGGCACCCUAGACAUAGUUUUAUUAGCACUCAUCGUAGGAGGAAUUAGUUGGUAUCUCGUCAAUAAACAUAAGAAAACCAAAACGAUAGCAAAUGGUAGAUCAUAUUCAAUACAACCUACCUCCAUCAACCUCCAAACAUCAACAGACAACUCCUUCAUAAAGAAACUCCAGUCUUCAGGUAGGAGUCUCGUGGUCUUCUAUGGAAGCCAAACCGGAACCGGUGAAGAAUUUGCCGGUCGGCUCGCCAAAGAGGGAGUUCGAUAUCGGAUGAAGGGGAUGGUCGCCGAUCCCGAAGAAUGUGAUAUGGAAGAAUUAGUCAAUUUAAAAACUCUGCCAAACUCAUUAGCAGUAUUCUGUCUGGCCACAUACGGCGAGGGUGAUCCUACUGAUAACGCCAUGGAAUUCUACGAGUGGCUCCAAAACGGAGAUGCUGAUCUCACUGGACUUAACUAUGCUGUAUUUGGAUUAGGAAAUAAGACGUACGAGCAUUACAACAAAGUCGCCAUUUAUGUAGAUAAACGACUUGAGGAAUUAGGAGCCACCAGACUCUACGACCUUGGUCUUGGAGAUGAUGAUGCGAACAUUGAAGACGACUUCAUUACGUGGAAAGACAAGUUCUGGCCCGCUGUUUGCGAACACUUCGGUAUCGAAUCGACCGGAGAAGACAUCAACAUGCGUCAAUACAGACUUGAAGAGUUCGAGGAGACUCCAGACAGAGUAUUUACUGGAGAAAUGGCUAGGUUGCAGUCCCUCAAGAACCAAAGACCACCCUACGACGCCAAAAAUCCCUUCCUCUCGAAGGUCAAAAUCAACAGAGAGCUCCACAAAAACGGCGACAGAUCCUGCAUGCACAUCGAAUUCGACAUCGAAGGUUCCAAAAUGCGAUACGAUGCUGGCGACCAUCUUGCCGUCUAUCCUAUCAACGACGUAGAACUGGUCGAGAAGCUUGGAAAAUACUGCGGCAAGGAUCUUAACACCAUCUUCAGCUUGAUCAAUACCGACGAAGACUCCAGCAAGAAACACCCCUUCCCGUGUCCUUGCUCGUACAGGACUGCUUUGAUGCACUAUGUGGACAUAACGCAAAAUCCAAGAACUCACGUACUAAAAGAAUUGGCUGAAUACUGCACUGAUCCAGCCGAAAAAGAAAAGUUAAAAUCCAUGUCCACGACCACUCCAGAAGGAAAAGCACUUUACCAGAAAUGGAUCAUCGAGGACAACAGGAACAUCGUUCAUAUUUUGGAAGAUAUGAAAUCAUGUCAACCUGCUUUGGACCAUCUUUGUGAAUUGAUGCCCAGACUACAGCCCAGAUAUUAUUCGAUUUCCUCGUCACCCAAGUUGUAUCCCAACACAGUUCACAUCACAGCGGUCUUAGUCGAGUAUGACACUCCAACUGGUCGCCACAAUAAGGGUGUUGCUACCACAUGGUUGAAAACUAAGAUGCCGGAUCCCGAGAAAGAACUUCCCACAGUUCCAAUAUUCGUUCGUAAAUCUCAAUUCAGAUUGCCCACUAAGCCACAAACUCCUAUCAUUAUGAUCGGACCUGGAACUGGUUUUGCUCCGUUCAGAGGAUUUAUCCAGGAUAGGAAUCUUUGUAAAGAAGAAGGAAAACCUGUAGGGGACACAGUGCUCUAUUUCGGCUGUAGAAAGGCUGCUGAAGAUUACAUUUACGAAGAAGAAUUAGUUGAAUACCAUAAGAACGGUCUACUUACACUGCACUUAGCCUUUUCUAGGGAUCAAGCCAAGAAGGUUUACGUCACGCAUCUAUUAGAACAACAAGCCGACGAAGUAUGGAAGAUUAUUGGAGAGAAUAACGGACAUAUCUACAUUUGUGGUGAUGCCAAAUCCAUGGCCACCGACGUCCGUGCUAUCCUAACUAAAAUUCUGCAAGAAAAAGGCUCCUUGACCGAAGAACAAGCUACCGCAUACCUGAAGAAGAUGGAAACGCAGAAACGUCUAUCCGCCGACGUAUGGAGCUAAUAAAAUCUGCCCCCUUAGCAAUUUUUUUUAAUAUUCUAUUAAGACAUCUAACAUAGCUGCACCGACCUAUUGUCUUUUCGGUGGAUAAUAAAAUUAUUCUUGUAUAUUUUUGUGACAAUUGUAAGCUGAUAAAUUGGUGCCUAUAUUGUAUAUAAAUACUAAAUGCAACAAAAUUGUGAAGUUUUUAGAUGUGUAGAUUCAUUCCAGUCGAGUGCCUUUAAACAAGUUAUUUGAAAUUUUUAACACGUCAAGUCUUUCAUGCUUCUCCGUCAAGGACUUUUCUUGUUCUAAUUAUUCAAAGUUACAAUAGGCAGAUUGUAACGUAUAACUUUUUACAUGUUUGAUAUAGGAUUUUUAUCGCUGUUUAUACGCCAAGGAAUUUGGUUUUGUAAUGUGUGGCUGUUCCUCUAAGAACUGUCAAAUUUUAGGUGAAAAUUUGUUAUUUUAAUUGUAAUUUAUGUUAAGUAUUAUACAAAAUUUAUUUUUGUUUAUAUGCUCUUUAUUUAAUUCAAAUAAAUUAUUCAUAAGAUAA